AUGGACCUCCUGACCAGGGAGGGAAUCCCCAACGGGCACCUGAUGCACCACGGGGAGGUCCCACAGAAGGGGAGGAAAGGACAGAGGCACCACGGAGACCCCCGAAAUAACCCAAAUCAUAGCUCCGAUGAGUUCGACGAAACUGAAAAAGGUCACCCCCACGGGAUGAAGAACAACCAACCCACCCCCAACAACGAAAUCGACAGAAACACAGACACGCAGCUUGCUAACGAAGAGACUGAAGGAAGAAUCAAAUAUCUGAGUAAAGAAUAUCAAGUACAUUGGAGAGAAAAAGAAAGAAUACAGAAAGUAAUUAAUAAAGAGAAGGAACUAGAAAAAGAUUUUCUGAAGAGAGAAAAAGAAUGGAUCGAAUUGGAAGAGCAAAUAAAAAAUGACACCUAUAAAGAAUGGAACAAAUUACAGCAGAUAAAAAAAAAAGAUAUUGCUAAGUUGAUUGAGUUUGACUUAAAGGGGGAACAGGAGAAUGCUAAUCUGUCUACGUCGAAGAAAAGGGAAAUGAGGAACUCGAAGAGGAAGAAGGAAAAGGAGCUGGAUGAUUUGGAUCGCCUUAACGAGAUGAGGGAGGCGGAGGAGGCGAAGAGCAGGAAGGAACAGGUGGAGCGAGACAGGGCAGAGGCGGCGAGGGAAGUCGACAGAGAAGUAGACAGAGAAGGUGCCGCAGAAGCCGCCAAAGAAGCCGCGAAAAACGCCCCGCAGGGGGGGGAGAACCAAGCCGAGAAGAAGAAGUCGGACCAACUUCCUGAAGACGCAACCGGGAAGGCAAACAACCAACAAGAGAGCAAAGAUAGUGCUAGUGUGUCUAAGCCUAAGAGCAGUUUUUUUAUGAAUGCCUUGUCCUUCGUUUUUGACAGGAGCAGUGAGGGUAAGGUAGAGGAGAAAGGGGACGAGCCGCUGGCUGGUGAGGCAGCGGGGGGGGAGGCCAAUGGGACGGCAAAUGAAAAAGGGGGGGCGAAGAGAGGACGCGCUACCGCUAAGGAGGCAAUGGCCGAGGCAGUGGACAACGACAAUGCAGAAGAGGACAAUGCGGAAAAGGGCAGUGCAGACAACGAUCAUGUGGACAAGGCCAGCGUGGAUAAGACUUAUGAGGAAAACGACCAUGUGAACGAGAAAAAAAAAAAAAAUACAGACUCGGAGAGCGUGAGUAGAGUGUCCACCAGGAGAACCCUACAAAAUGUGUUUAACACGAACGAUGAGGAUGAAAUGUGCACAAGGAAAAAGGGGAGACGUGCAAAGUUGGGUGGAAAAGGUAAAGACGCGGAAGAGGGGGAAGAAGGAGAAGAAGGAGAAGCAGCCGCGGCAGCCGCAGAUGUCGCAGAUGCCGCGGAAGCAGGGGAAAGCGCCCUAACCAUAGACGUGAUAGAAAACUCGAAAAAAAUUCUGGAGAUGGUUCCCUCCAGCGAAGAGGAGAUAUUUAACUUCCCCAUAGACUGGAAGGUCCUAAAUCAAAAGGGAAAUAUAAUUACAAAGUUGAAGCCAUGGAUAUAUAAAAAAAUAAUCGAGUACAUAGGCUCCGAGGAGAAAGAAAUAACAGGGCAAAUCAGCAACUACUUUGUGGAUCAAAUUUUGAAGGAGACAGCUCCAAAGGAGAUGCUCGUUGAGGCUGAAAAAUUUUUAGAUGCAGAUGGGAAGAAAUUCAUUUUGAAUAUGUACAGGCUUAUUAUUUUCGAGCAACUCAAGGUGACGAACACGAACGCUAUGUGA